AACAUUUGUAAGAGAUCAUAAGCUAAGAAAAGAGGGUAAAGAGGUUGUGUUUGAUUGUACUUGUAAGAGUAAAGAAUGGAGAAAGAGGAAGAUGUUAAGGUCGGAGCAAACAAAUUCUCAGAAAGGCAACCAUUGGGAACAGCAGCUCAGAGUGACAAGGACUACAAGGAGCCACCUCCAGCUCCUUUGUUUGAGCCUGGUGAACUCAAAUCAUGGUCCUUUUACAGAGCUGGAAUUGCUGAGUUUGUUGCCACUUUCUUGUUCCUCUACAUCACCAUCUUAACUGUCAUGGGUGUCAAUAGGUCACCCUCUAAGUGUUCCUCUGUUGGCAUUCAAGGAAUUGCUUGGGCCUUUGGUGGCAUGAUCUUUGCCCUUGUCUACUGCACUGCUGGAAUAUCUGGAGGACACAUAAACCCAGCAGUGACCUUUGGGCUGUUUUUGGCUAGGAAGCUGUCUCUGACAAGGGCAUUGUUUUACAUUGUGAUGCAGUGUCUUGGAGCUAUAUGUGGGGCGGGUGUGAUGAAAGGCUUUGAGGGUAAUGGUAGGUAUGAAAUGUUCAAAGGUGGGGCUAACUUUGUGAGCCCUGGAUACACCAAAGGUGAUGGCCUUGGAGCUGAGAUUGUUGGCACCUUCAUUCUUGUCUACACCGUUUUCUCUGCCACUGAUGCCAAGAGAAACGCCAGAGACUCUCACGUUCCUAUUUUGGCUCCUCUGCCAAUCGGGUUUGCUGUGUUCUUGGUGCACUUGGCAACCAUUCCCAUAACAGGAACAGGCAUUAACCCAGCUAGGAGUCUGGGAGCUGCCAUAAUCUUCAACAGGGACCUUGCAUGGGAUGACCAUUGGAUUUUCUGGGUUGGACCUUUUGUUGGAGCUGCUCUUGCUGCUAUAUAUCACCAGAUAGUCAUCCGAGCCAUUCCUUUCAAAACAAGAGCUUAGAGCUCCGUCGUUAUUAUUAUUAUGUAUCCGCUGAGUUGUAUUUUACAUUUCCGACAUUCCUCUGAAUUUUUUAGUGUCAAUCCAUCUUGUGGAUGUAAAUCAAGAGAUUGUAUUUGUGACAUUUUGAAUUGUUUAUUUUAUUAUGCUAUAAUUAUAUUUUUUGUUGUCUU